UUUUGGUCUAACCUUGAAAAACUUGUCUUCCUCUACAGGAAAAUCUUUGUCUUCUUGUGGCCAAUCAGCUGUUGUGUGUAUGUAUGUGUGUAUGUGUGUGUCUAUAGGCCUUUGUCUGUGUGAGCAUACACCUGUGUGCACGUACCCUCUCCACCUCCACAGGGACAGCAGGAGGAGGUGUGGCCCAGGUAUACUGGAUAUUCUCGCCGGGAUUGAAGAGGGAGGCGGUGAAGGGGAGGAACCUUGAGGACGGCAUGGCAACACAAACCUUAUAAAGACUCAGGCACACCCUGCAGGCCGCCUCAGUUCAGCUCACCUCCUCAGACAGUGGCAGCGGCAACAGCAACAGCAGUACCUGGCACAAUCAUGCUCAGCCUCAUCAAAUUACCACGAGUCUUCACCAUCAAUCAAGUUCCCAAAGUUUUCCAUGAGGACAGCAUUAUCUCUGGGUACCGACACCCCCGCAGCUCAGCCACCGACUGCAUCCUGAGCCUGUUCCAGCUGACCAAUGAGACGCUCAACAUCUGGACCCACUUUUUGCCCACCUGGUACUUCCUAUGGAAACUAGUGACGGUGGUGCUGAUGCAGCCAGUAUGGCAGGACUCCUUCACGUGGCCUCUGGUGAUUUUCCUGCUCUCAUGCUGCAUUUACCCACUGGCAUCAAGCUGUGCUCACACCUUCAGCAGCAUGUCUGCGCGGGCACGCCACAUCUGCUUCUUUUUUGACUACGGUGCCCUCAGUUUCUACAGCCUGGGGUCAGCAAUCAUCUAUUCAGCUUAUGUUUUCCCGGACAAGUGGGUGAAUAGCUUCUUCCACCAGUGCUACAUCCCCAUCGCUGUGUGUAACGCUAUCAUCUCCACCAACAUGGCCUGCUACUCCAGGCUUGGCUUACCAUUUCUGCAAUAUAAUCAUGACAUCGUAAAGAGAUUCCCUGAGUGCCAGAGUCCAAAGUUCAGCAAAUGCCUUCGUGUUGUUGCCUUUGCCUACCCCUACCUGUUCGACAACAUUCCUCUGUUCUACAGGGUGUUCCUGUGUGCAGGAGAGGGCUGUACAGACAAUGACACCAACAUCCUCCACUACAACCACAUCGCCUUGGCUUUCCUCACAGGUUUCCUGUUUGCCACACAUUUACCUGAGCGCCUGGCACCUGGCAGCUUUGACUACAUAGGUCACAGCCAUCAACUCUUCCAUGUAUGUGGCAUCCUGGGCACCCACUUCCAGAUGAAGGCAAUUGAACAGGACAUGGUGACACGACGCUCCUGGCUCCUUGAACACUCCAUCCCCAUCACAUUUUCUAACUCAGUGGGUGCAGCGCUGCUUUGUGUGGUGGUGAAUUUGAUUAUCAUCAUCCUCUACAGUCUACCUCUCCUCUCUGCACCAGUCUGUCAAGAAAAGAAAUGUGGUAAAGGUUCAAAGAAAACCUCAUCCAAGGUCCCUUGCUGCUAAACCUCCAGCUUCAUGAGUCACAGCUGAGGUGAUCCCAGCUGGUCACGAGACCCACAGACAAGUGGGUGAUAUACAAACAUUGUAAAGAGCACUCCUGAGCUGAGAGGAGCUGACGUCAUGUUUAAAAGAAUGAUAAAGAGCAGUCUGCACUAAACCCAUGGUGGUAUUUGGCCUUCAGACAUCACUGUGAUGACUGCUGUUACAUGUGUGGGUAAACUGAAAAUAAGGGCAUUAUUUGCACAAACAUGCAAUGGAAAUUUAACAAAAAAACAUUUGUUACCAUGAUAUGUAAUGAAUGUAAAUGUUUCUGAGGAAACUUCUUCCAGUAAAAAGCUACAAAUGUAGUGGGUUUGAUACAUUAUGAGGCGGUGGUUUAUAUGCUAGAAUACUAUGUAAAAUCCAACCUGUAGUGGUGCAUCUACAUACUGUAUCUUUUCAUGUUUAUUGUGCUUGUGCUUGUCCACAGCCUAUUGAAUUGUACUAAGUAGAAAAUAUCAAGACCAAAGAGGCAGUUAUGAUAAGAGAAGACAAUAUUUUUGCUUUGAACUGCCUGGAAAUUAGCAACUUAAUGAAUGAAAAGUUUUGUUACUGAUAAGAUAGAGGAUAUUUUAAACAGAAUGAAUGUUUUCAGAGAAGUUUAUUUCCUUCAAAUGAUUGCUGUUUCUGUCCCAUAGACACUGUUGCGUCGUUCCGUUGCAAAAC